GUGUGAGAGCGAGUGAGUGCGUGAGCGAGUGAGCGAGCGAGUGAGCGAGCUCCAGCACCAGCACCAACACCAGUUCCAGAGACAGGGGGACAUCCAAGCACAGCCAGCCCGCUCCAGGUGUCACUGGGCUGGGAAGGGGCUGUGGGAAGCGCUGGGGGCUCAGAAUGAACCAGGCUGCAGAGCUCCCUCUCUGAGGGAACCAACAGACGGACGGACGGACGGACGGACUGACGAACCGGACAGGCAGACGGGCGAACAGAGGCUCGCAGACUGACGGUAAACACAAAGACACAGGGAAGGAACGAAGGACAGGAAGAAACGAAGGAAGGAAGGAAAGAAAGAAAGAAGAGGAGGAGGAAGGCACUGUGCAGCUGGAACCUCGCAAACAGACGUACAGGAGCGAUUUAUUCUCCCUCUCUUUCCCCCUCUCUUCCCCUACACACACACACACACACACACACACACACACACACACACACACACACACACACAUACAAACACACACGCUCACACACCCCCACUCGCUGCUCGCAGCAGACCGUGGAACGAACAUCGGAUGAUAGGAGCGCAAAAGCGAGGAGGGAAAAGGAAAACGGAGGGGGUCGUUUCCCGGGACAACGAACACUGGAUUUUCACCUGGAGAUUAGAGAUCAGGUAGCAGCAGAGAGACAGAGAGAGAAGGAACGAAGGAACAAGAGAGAGAGAAAGAGAGAGAGAGGGGGGGUGAUCAUAGGAGGUUACCAUGGCGCGUCUGAACUGGUGUCUGGCCGCGGUGAUCAGCUGGGGGAAGUUUCUCUUCUCCUGCUUCUUCCCCCUGCGCUCGGCUAGGAGGGACCAGCCAGAAGACUUUGAGGGGGUUCACUCCCACACCUUCAAAGUGAAGGCAUUCAAGAAGGUCGUGUGCUGUUCAGUGUGCAAGACGGCUGUCACCAAAGAAGGCCUGGUCUGCAAAGGCUGCCAGUUAUCAUGUCACAAGAAGUGCGAAGUGAAGGUCACCAGUUCCUGCACGACCGCUACCAACUUUGAGCUGAAUGCACCUACACACCAGAAAAAAAUCCAGCCCCCCACUGCUGAACUUCCCCUGAAACAUGUAGAGACUCCGGGAUCCACCAAGUCCAACAGAAGCCAGGACUCUCGUCAGAGACCCUCCAGGAGCCUAAGUAUGAUCCAGAACCUGGAUGACACAGAGGUGGACCUGGUCUACAUCACCGAGCGGAUCAUCUCGCUGUCCUUCCCCACAGGCUCAGACGAGCACAGCUACACCUCCCACCUCAAGGACGUGGCGGCCAUGAUGAGGUCCAAACAUGGAGAACACUACCUGGUUCUUAACUUGAGUGACCGCAGAAAUGACAUCACCAAGCUGAACCCAAAGGUGAUGGACUUUGGCUGGCCGGAUCAGCACGCUCCUGCCCUGGAUAAGAUCUGUAGCAUCUGCAAGGCCAUGGACACCUGGCUUAACGCAGACGUACACAACGUGGUUGUUCUACACAACAAGGGCAAUCGUGGUCGGACGGGAGUGGUGAUCGCGGCCUACAUGCACUACAGCAACAUAUCUGCCAGUGCUGACCAGGCCCUGGACAGGUUCGCCAUGAAGCGCUUUUAUGAAGACAAAGCCCUGCCAGUAGGCCAGCCAUCCCAGAGGAGAUAUGUGCAGUAUUUCAGUGGUCUUCUGUCCGGUCACAUCAAAAUCAACAAUAAGCCACUGUUUCUGCACCACGUCAUCAUGCACGGCAUCCCAAACUUUGAGGCCAAAGGAGGCUGCAGACCAUUCCUAAAGAUUUAUCAGGGAAUGCAGCCAAUUUAUACGUCUGGGAUAUACAAUGUUCAAGGUGAUAGCUCCACAAGUAUCUGCAUCACCAUAGAGCCGGGCCUUCUCUUGAAGGGAGACAUACUGCUGAAGUGCUACCACAAGCGCUUCCGAAACCCAAGCAGAGACGUGAUCUUCAGGGUGCAGUUCCACACGUGCGCCGUUCACGACCUCGCCGUGGUCUUCACCAAGAAUGAGCUGGACGAGACAUUCAAAGAUGACAGGUUUCCGGAGUACGGGAAGGUGGAGUUUAUCUUCUCCUUUGGGCCUGAAAAGAUAAGAGGACUCGAUCAUCUGGAGAAUGGUCCCAGUGUCUCAGUAGACUACAGCACCCUGGACCCCCUCAUUCGCUGGGACUCCUAUGAGAACUUCAACAAGCGCUGCGAGGAUACAACAGACGACGUAGUACACACCCUGGGUCCAGUUGACGGCAGUCUCUACGCUAAGAUCCGAAAGAAGGACUCCACAGAGGGUAUCGUCUCCGUCAACGGGCUCCCACCGGCCGAACGUGCCCACCCUCCUCUCCAGCAGGUGGUGGCCGUAGCCAAUCACGCGCUUCCUCUUCCCGUCGUCAACCACGCCCUUCCAGUCGUCGACCACGCUCUCUCGGUGAGCAGCGACUCGGGCAACUCCACCGCCUCCGUAAAGACCGACCGCACCGAUGACCCGCAGUCCCAGCCGGGUGGCGCUGGAGGUGGCGGGGGCGCCUGCGUGAUCCAGUCGGGCGCCGAGCCGCCCCUCAGCCCGCGGGAGAAGCGGGAGCUGGAGCAGCUGCUGAGCGGCCUCGAGGGAGGACCGCAGCAGCAGCAUCAGGCCCGACAGGGCUACCCGUCCCCCGGAGGAGGAGGAAGCCCCGCGGCGGGAGGGAUCCUCCACCUGGUGCCCGCGCAGAUUCACGUGAACGGGCGCGGUGGGAUCCGCACCAUCCUUGCAGCAGCCGGUGCUACCGACGACCGGGACGAGGCCGAGCGCGAGACUGAUAUCCUUGACGACGAGCUUCCAGGGGCUGACAUCAGCGCGGACAGCCUCUUGACGAUCUCGUCCCUGGACGGCCACGAGACGCCGGCCACGGACAGCCACAGACACAGCGUCUACCAGACACCUCAGCAGCAGCAGCAGCCAUCCGACUCGACCACCGUGGACAUUGAAGGGCCGUCUGCUCUCCCAGAGCUCAGGUCCGGCAGGAGAGAGAUGCCGGUGCACCAGGUGCACGGCUCAGCCUCCGCCCAGGAGCGGCUGAUCGACUACAACGAUCAGAAUGGGAGCAUGUACCGCUCACAGUCCUACGGGGCCACCCCGGCCCUGGACGCGGGGCGGAACGACGCCUCCCGCCAUCUCCCCCAGACUCCUGAGCGAAGCACCAGUAGCCGCGAGGCGGUGCAGCGCGGCCUCAAUGCCUGGCACCAGUAUGGCCUGGUGGACGACCCGUUCUUCGGACCCAUGUCGGGCCUGUCCCGCUUCCCCACGUCGCCCAGCGGCGCCUCACAGAACGAUGUGGAGCAAUCCAUCGAGGCCCUGAACAUGCUCAUGCUGGACCUGGAGCCCACGCAGACUCCCGUGCCCAAAUCCCAGAGUGCCCCACCGGGGGACAACCCGUCCCUCUACCAGACCCCUUUUGCCCAGAACUACCCUAGACCGUCCUACCAGGGAGACCAGGCUAUCCACAGCUACGCUUCUGGUUACCCUCCCUCCUCCUCAGCCAGUUAUGGGCAGUUCUCUCAGAGGUCCUCCCCGGCCUACCCACCCAUGUCGCCCUCAGCGGAGCCGCACAGGGGGGCCUUCCACCUUCACCACUCCUCCUCCCCCACACACCCCCAGGAGGCGUACGUCCACCGAGGGGGCCCCGGGUCCCCAACCCCCACCCUGGCUCACCCACAACCCCUGAAGCCUCAGAGCGCCUUCAGUCAGGGAGGGGGAGGCGGUUCGGUGUGUUACACCCCUGAGCUCCAGGGCAUGUCCCCGUACCCCCCAACCCAGAGGAGCUACAGCGCCUCCUCCUCUCCUCUCCCGUCGGUCACCCCCGCCAGGGAGGUGGACCCUGAGGAAGAAAGCCUUAACCUAUCGGGGCUGGUGGCCCACCGUAUAGCGGAGUACAACGCUCGCAUCCGGGGCAUCUCGGCGAGUCUGAGCCCCCAGCCUGAACGCCAUCGCUCCUAUUCCUUCUCUGGGUCAAGGUCACACACAGUGACCCCAGAUGAGGCCAUGUCAUCAAUGCGUCGCCGAACGACCAGCGAGGGUCAGUACCAUAAUGGCCACGAGGAGCGGCCUGGUCACGGGAGCGCAAGCCGCACCCCUGUGUCGCCAGAGUUCGUCACUGUUAUCGCCUCCAAUCCUGGAGGCCGACCAAGAGAGGUCCACAUGCACAGCUACAGGGAGGCGUACGACGACACACCGGACGGCGGCGCCCCCACCAGCCCGACCCCCAGCGCCGGUGGUCGAUCCCCUUCAGGGAUGGCCAAGACACCGCUGUCGGCCCUGGGGCUGAAGGCGCAGAGCCCAGAUGAUGUUCUCAUGCAGCAGAGCAGCUCUGAUUCUGACUCUAGUGAUGAAAUGGAAGAGCCGCGAGGCUACAUCGGACCCGUGGCUCACGUUGGAGCGAGGGGUCCCCCCAUGUCCCCAGUCCACCAGCACCCCCUGUACCCAGCCGAGGCUAUGGAGAGAGGGGCGCCCCCGUCCCAUGGCAUCAACCCCCCACUCUCACCCCUGAGCACUGGCCACCGGCCUGAAGGACACUUCCCCACUCCUGACAGUGCCAUGCGAGUAGCCAGUCCCCCCAACCCUGCAUCCAACAUGGGCUACCCGCUCAACACCAGUGAGUUCACCCACCCGCACUUCUACCCCGACCCGCUGGGCUACCUGGACCCCCAGGAGGCCACGGUCAACAUCAUGGGUGUCCACCGUGUCCCCGGCAGCCCCAACACCCUCCACCGCACCGUGGCCACCAACACUGCCCCCAGCCCCGUCCUCCAGCGCCGGCUGGCCAAUCAGAGCAGCCCCGCCACGGGGCGCCGGGGGCCCCCAGGCAAUGACAGCCCCAUACGCCAUGUGGGCGCUGCCACCACCAGAGCGGUUCCCCUCAGCCCAACAAUGGGCCGUCACGCCCAGAGCCCAGGAGGCGCCGGCAGCGCAAGCCCAGAGAGGAGGCCCAGCGGGCAGGCAAGCCCCGACUUCUCGCCCGGGCAUCAGUCUCGCCAGUCCAGCGCCUCUGGAGGAUACGGGCACAGCGCAGAGCCUGGCUCCCAGCCCAUGCUGCCCGAUAAGAGGUACACGCCCAGCCUGGAGAGGCCCAGCGCCACGCCUACCGAGGGCUUCAUGAACAGGAAGAUGUCUUCACCCGCGCCCAGCGGUACCAGCACGCCCAUCAUGCCCCCACAUGCCCAGUCUGAACCUGCCAUCGUCUCCAUCUAUGCUGAUGGACCACCAGACAUCAAGCUCAAUGUCAAGUUUGUGCAGGACACGUCCAAGUUCUGGUACAAGCCAGAUAUCUCCCGGGAGCAAGCUAUCUGCGUGCUGAAAGACCGAGAGCCCGGAGCCUUCGUGAUCCGAGACAGCCACUCAUUCAAAGGGGCCUAUGGUCUGGCCAUGAAGGUGGCCUCCCCUCCACCCACAGUGCAACAGACGAAGAAAGUGGGUGACAUCACUAACGAGCUGGUUCGUCACUUCCUGAUUGAGACCAGUGCAAAGGGCGUGAGACUGAAGGGCUGCCCUAACGAACCCUACUUUGGCUGUCUGUCUGCGUUGGUGUACCAGCACUCCAUGACACCCCUGGCUCUCCCAUGCAAGCUAAUGAUCCCGACCCGAGACCCGAAUGAGGAGGCCAUCGAGUUAGCCACCCCGACAAGCUCCACCAUUGACCUGCUGAAACAGGGAGCAGGGCCGAAGGUUCCUGAUGAGUUUCACGCAUGCAACGUUCUGUACAUUAACUCCGUGGAUAUGGAGUCCCUGACUGGCCCCCAGGCCAUCGCCAAAGCCAUCAGCGAGACGCUGGCGGCCCAGCCACAGCCCAGUGCCACCGUCGUCCACUUUAAGGUGUCCACCCAGGGCAUCACCCUCACCGACAAUCAGAGGAAAAUAUUCUUCCGGCGCCACUAUCCCAUCAACACCGUCACCUACUGCAACCUUGACCCACAGGACAGGAAGUGGAACAGGACAGAAGGUGGAGCGGCAAAGUUCUUCGGUUUUGUGGCCCGGAAACAAGGAAGCACAACGGACAACGUGAGUCACCUGUUUGCCGAAUUAGAAGCUGACCAGCCAGCCAGCGCCAUCGUCAGCUUCGUCUCCAAAGUCAUGCUCGGCGCCCCCAAACAGUGAAGACUGCCCUGGCAGCCAUUUUAUUUUUCCUCUUGCUGCGUGUGUUCUUUUUCUCUCACAGAGACACGUUUUUCAUGUCCUUUUUUUUGUGUGGAUAUAUUUUUUCAUAAAUGUCUUCCCCCUACUUUUGUCGAAGAGACUGGAAGGGGGUUGCGUAAACUGUUGAUUUUUCUCCUUUUCUUUGAGUUUUCAAGGUGUUGAUUUUUCCUUCAGUAAAUUAGGAGAUGAUUCAAGAUGGAGUCUAUGCACGUGUAGGAGUGCUCCAAGGUUUUUUUUCUGGAAUAGAGUGGGGAGAAUACAUCUCCCACCGGUUCAUCCAGACUUGAAGAGAUGGAAAAAAAAGGAAUUCAUGAGUUUUAAAAGAAAGACAAGUGAGGAAACACAAAAGUGACGAAGAAUCAUUUUUCAGAUAGAACAACCAAAGGUAGUGUUCAGAACAAGUAUGCCAUUAUUGGACAAUUUAUUCCAUUUUGUUUUGUAAAGGAAUUUCUUUUAACCAGACUGUCAAAAAAAAACUACAAAAUCCCUCUGGACAAAAAAGAUGUUUUUUUGUCUGUCUCUGUGACUUCUUUCAAAAAGAACACUGAAAAAAAAGAAAAAGUAUUCAGUGACGAUAUGCAUGUUCGCUUGCAAAAUGAUCCUUAGCUGCUUCCCUACCCCUUCAUCGUUGGUCAAGACUGCACUCUGUGUGAACACUGGUGGACUUGAGACUGUAGGACACUACAAGGUCUACUGAUCAGAUUGCCUAAACACACUGACACCUUUCAGUCGACCAAACCGCAUAUCAGGAAAAAAAAAAAACACUGUGGUCCAACAUCAGCAAUAAUGUCACCCAGACCCCAGGCUUGACUAGUCAAGCUCAGAAAGAGAGAGCUGACUGAACUGUGGGGUGGAGUGGAUCGUGGAUCGGCUGCUCUGGCCUGCAGAUGCAGACGUGUAUGAAUGCACUAUAUCAGGAUGCACGGGAGGACUGGUGCUGGGUUCGAGUCAGCUCAUGCACAGAGCCUGUUAAUAGGAAGAGAGACGUUCUACAGGUCAUCUCACACACACACACACCACACACACACACACACACACACACACACACACACACACUCACACACUUACACACAGACAGAAAUGUGCACAUCUCCCUAUGACGAUUCAUGGCCUGGACAGAUCGACAGCGAUGCCCCCGCAUGCCGUAGUGCAAGAGUAGCCCCUUUUACCUUUAACCUUUGACCCCCUCCUCCAUGUACUUUAACCCCAUCCCCCCCACAUUCGCUAACCUCUGAACGCAGAUCACCCUCUCCCCCCCUGCUGUAGGAAAGAAACAAAAAAAAAAGAAAAAUUGCCAUGGCGACACUGAUCGCUAGAGACUUCAACUGCAUGUGAUGCUACCUUCAGGUUUUUUUUUUCUUUUCUUUUCUGUUUUUUACUUAAAAAGGGUCUUACAUCUUGUUGAAGUUACCGCUAUGCUCUCUCUCUCUCUCUCUCUCUCACACACACACACACACGCGCACACACACACCAUUUCCUCUCCCAAGUGGAGUUUUAUUUUAGCCAAAUACACAGUAGGCAAUGUCUACUUUUUAAAAAAAAUACAAGGAGUUGCUUUGGGUUGACACUGCCCGUUAUCACACCUGUUUUCUUCACUGUGUGAAAGCGUGGCUUAAAAAAGAAGACAAGGAAAAGAAAAAAAUAGCCCACACUUCAUAACUAAUGAACAAAGUGAUAAAUAUGACUAUAAAUAAUGAUGAUAUAAAUAUGUAUUACUAUUAAAAAAAAAUAACGUGACAUAAAUGAAAAUAUUUAUUUUUGUCGCUCUGUUGCUUUUGAGUUAUUCAUGCAGUAUAUUGAAACGAGAAGAUAUUGUAUAUUCAACAUUCAAAACAUUGGAGACUACAAAAGGGGGAAAUUAUUUUGGCUAAAAGUCAGGAGUGGUGAAGAUAUCAAAAACAGACAUCUCUUGAACAUAUAUGACGUGUGUCUGGCUGACCGUCACUUGGUUUUUGCGUGUGUGUUCACUGCUCCAUUUUGUCUCAUGUUGAGGUGUGUGAGGGGAGGGCGUUCAUGUAUUAAAAAAAAAAAAAGAAACACAAAUGUUUUUAUUUCUGUUUUUAUAUGUAUUUUUUGAAAAUCCAUCGGACUGUGCAGUUACAAGCCCGACAGAUAGCUCAGUCUGACAUUUUUAGUUGUGCAAUUAAUGUGUGUGUCAUGUGAUGGAGAUGAGAGAAGUUGGCUGCCAGCUACAAAAACUAAUUUGCCCAGCGAGAAUGUCAAGAGGAAGGCAGAGAUGUGUGAUUAAAAGGCUCUCAGCGAUGACUACCCCAUCUAUACUGUUGUAUAGCACUUACAGACUGCCACCCUAGUUCAAUUAAAUUCAUAUCUAAAAAUGUCCUCAUGAAGUUUCUAAGGGCGAGCUUCAGAGACUAACUCUACAACAGAUGCCCCUGCAGUUCUUCCACUUCUCUGAUGCAAAGAUAAGACAUCCUCUGUUGUUGACAUUCAGUAUUGAAAAUUGUGUAGAUUGAUAUCAUGUUACCACUAGGGGAAAACAGUUGUCAUGACUGCCAGGAGCCUCUGUUGUAGGUUGUGCCUCCUACAAGAGCUAGAGUCCAUUCUAAACUACCAUACCUGUCCACAUACAUAUCUUUGCCUUUUUCAAGGCCUCAAAGCUACAACAAGAAAAGAACCCCUGCCCUGACUGCCCUUUGUGUAACAUAAUAAUAUGUAUUUAUUUCUGUUUUUAAAUUAUGUUUUGUCUUUGUUUUUCACUCACCGGUUGGUCUUCCCCAUAGUCAGGCCCAAUGCUUUGGUGAUCAGUGUUACCCAGAAUGUUCUAGACUCGCAGGUGACCUGGCAGAUGCUCUCCUCCGGGUGUCUGUUCUGAGUCAGUGAGUCAGCUUUGUGAAGAUGGACUCUGGAGUUUGAAUGUGCGAAUGUACUACUAAGGCUGUACAGAGCUUCUGUGGGAUUUAAGUGUUUUUAUUUUAUUUUUAUUUUUAUUUUUAUUUUCCAUUUGUGUUAUAAUGCCAUGCUUUGUUCCUGAGGAGAAAAGAAAACAUUAAAGCAAUACAAACCAGUUA